AUGAACCUGAAUUUCACCUCACCUCUACACCCUGCGUCUUCGCAGAGGCCCACGUCCUUCUUCAUCGAGGACAUCCUGCUGCACAAGCCCAAGCCGCUGAGGGAGGUGGCCCCUGACCAUUUCACCAGCUCCCUGGCCUCGCGGGUGCCUCUGCUAGACUAUGGCUACCCCCUCAUGCCCACACCCACCCUCCUCGCGCCCCACGCCCACCACCCUCUGCAUAAGGGAGACCACCACCACCCCUACUUCCUCACCACUUCGGGGGUCCCGGUCCCCGCGCUCUUCCCGCACCCCCAGCACGCCGAGCUGCCCGGGAAGCACUGCCGCCGCCGCAAAGCCCGCACGGUGUUUUCGGACUCGCAGCUCUCCGGCUUGGAGAAGAGGUUCGAGAUCCAGCGCUACCUGUCCACGCCCGAGCGGGUGGAGCUGGCCACGGCGCUCAGCCUGUCCGAGACGCAGGUGAAAACGUGGUUCCAGAACCGGCGGAUGAAGCAUAAAAAGCAACUGAGGAAAAGUCAGGACGAACCCAAGGCCCCGGACGGGCCCGAGAGCCCGGCGGGCAGCCCCCGCGGCCCCGAGGCCCCGGGCGCGCGGCUCAGCCUGCCCGCGGGCCCCUUCGCGCUGGCCGAGCCCGAGGACGACGUGGACAUCGGGGACGAGGCGGAGCUGGGCUCCCGGCCCGGGGCGCUCUGA